AUGGGAUAUCAAGGAUUUGUUGGACUCGACGUUGUCAUUCCGCAUUUGAAGGAUAAUUCAGUUGAGGCGGAUCUGAUGGAAAUACUCCCCAUCCUUGCUGAUGAGAACGCCGUUAAUGAAGCUUCAAAAGCCGACUUGACGCAUGUUACCUCUCGUGCUGCAAAUUAUCUUAGAUCAAAUCAAUCUGAAGUCCGUUGGUUUGGCACAAAACUUGUCCACGUCCUUUGCCUUCACCCAAGGAUUAUUGCAUCGGACGCUGGUAACUAUAUUAGUGCUUUGACCAAGAUUAUUGAGUCGAAGUGUUACAUCACAUCAACCAUUGAUGUACGACAGAUGACCUGUUUGGAAUCAGCUAUAUCCACUCUAGAUUUUAUUAUGGACAAAAUAAGGCAUAAGGUUGCACUUACCAGAGAAAUACUGACACCAAGGCUUCCGUCAAUUAUUCAAUCGCUUGUUAGCGUGAUGUAUCUUUGCCCCAAGCCAGCUAAUUUUGUGUUACAGAAGCUUCUUAUGAACAAUACUACAACGUUGAGACCUUUUACAACCAAGAUCCAAAAGGAGCUAAGAAUUCUGCUUGAUGACGAUGAAGGAUUACACAAAAUGGACAAUGAGCUCCAAACUUUGGUCGUAUCCAACUUUGUUAGUAUACAAUACGCUCUAGAAAGAACAAACACCGAAGAAAUUUAUAGACAGAAACUACUACACUUAUUGAUCGAAAUGAAAGAAGUGUUUGAGAUUUAUUCAGAGUUCUUAGAUUUGAAUGAAGACUCAAAUUUGCAAAAACUUUUAGCCUCGUUACCGAGUUUACCACACAACGAAGAGGAAAAAGGCAACUACAAACCUUUGUUCCCCAGUUUGGACAUUGACAGUUUAGAGCCUUUGGACAUUUUGCAAAUCAGCAGGAGGCUGCAUCUAUUAAUUAGUCUCCUGAAAGCAUUCAUCUCAAACCCCAGGGGAACAGCGGUGAAACUACCACUGGGAUACGUCAUUUCUUUUCUGGAGUUGAAUCUCAGCCUGGAUUUGAGAUUUUCUCCGAUGAAAAGGGAAUUCAGAGAUGUUUCUUUGAAAAAAACUGUAGAAUACUCUAUCAUCAAGAACAAAACUUGCGCCUUAGAGCUGUUGACGCAACUUCCAUCAAUAUUUGGUGGAAACUUACUGCCUCAUUUUUCGUCGUUGCUUUCGGUAUAUGAGUUGUCAGUUCCAGUAGAGAUAAGAAAGAAUGGACAUAUUACUAUCAUUGAAGAGAGAGUUUGGUCUCAGCUUGACUAUAUUCACCAAAUUCUAUUGGCUGCAUCAGAACUUUUAUCCCUUACUUACAACGUUGUCAAUAUCACACCUUUAUUGAAGUUGGUGGAUGUUGCUUUGUUGAUCACUAAGUCAAGGCUACCAAAAUUAGAUCAGUCCAAUAGCAAUGGUGGUAGCUUCUUGAAACGAAAGAAGAAAGGCGGCCAGGUCAUUCCCCUAUCUGAUAUGUUAUCACACCAGCAUUUAUUCACUAUUACCGCUUCAAAACGAACUCUAGCUGUUGUCCGCCAGUUCUUUGCCACAGUUCUCAAGUCAUGUCUCCUUCCGUCGUCUAAACAAUCUGAGAUUUUAAGGUUUGUGAUAAUAGAUACUGUUAAGCACAGAAAUGAAGUAAAAAUGGACAAAAAUCUUCAGGAAUUAAUUCACAACUCCAUUUUGUUUCCUGGCCAUGAUCGAAAUAGCAUCUUACCGAUCAUUUCAUCAAUCAUCAGCGACAAUUUCUUGAGUGUAUUUAUGAACCCACGCUUCCCGAUCUCUCCUAGGAGGGACACAUCUGAAAAUGGCAUCACGGGGACAAACGGGGUUACUAUUUCCUAUCUUGAUGAUGGUGAGGAUGAAGAUAGUGAGGAGGAGUUAGAUAAUGAUGAUUCCUUGUCGAAGAGACAAAAAACUAGUGAUAUAGCAACAGAUGUUGUUGAUUCAAAUGGAGUCGAUACUAUUGAAUCCAUGAGCAAGAAUGAAGAACCUGACACUGGGUUGACUGACAUCACAUUAGUUGAACAAGAACCAGUCAAAAUCUCUUCCUGGAAGAGAGAAGAAACUCGAGUGGAAGUGUCGGUUAGUGGGGUCGAUAAGGAAGCCACAGUUCAGAUUUCAAAUGAAUAUGACUCCGAUUCUAACUCUGAGUUUGAAAUCCCCGUUAUUGUUGCCAAUGAUAGUGAAGAUGACGACGAGUAG